UGUGAGGGUGCGGCGCAGAGUGCACCCCGCUCUACAGCUUCCUGGCGUCAGCACCGGAUCUGCAUAAACAUUGAAACUAGAGCACAAUUUGGUUGCCAUUAGAGAGUCUGGACACAAACUAGUUGGGUCAAGGAAAGAUUGUGGAAGUACAGUAAGAAUUGUACGAAGUUUGUUGCGAUCUGAUCCCGAGAUAGUGACGGAUGCGAGUAUCACAACAAAGAGACUGGGUUACAGUCGAAUCCAAAGAUGGAUUUCUUCCUGGAUCUGUUUGAUUCUGAUAAAAAGAACAGAAAGAAGGAGGAAAGUAAAUUAAAGGCAUCCCCUGGAAAGGGUGCUAGCUGUCCCGACCUCCCCCCACUAAGGAGAGACAAGGGGCAGCUUCUGAAGAAGUAUGACACGCGGGAGGCCACUCGUGUCAAAGACGAUCGCAUGAGAAGGGAAUUGCAAAGGUUAUACUUGUGGGACGUUAAACAGUUUCUUGCUGAAGCCAAAGAACAGUUCACUGCAAAAUGGGAAAAGCCAGCAGUUGCAAAUGCAUGUCUCGACGACUUCGAUCGAAUAAAAACAUUAGGAACAGGUUCCUUUGGUCGUGUCAUGCUUGUACAACACAAAGCAACUAGAAACUACCUUGCCAUGAAAAUCCUUGAUAAGCAAAAGGUUGUCAAAUUAAAACAAGUGGAGCAUACAUUAAAUGAGAAGAAAAUAUUGAAUGCCAUAGAUUUUCCAUUUCUUGUCAAAUUAGAGUAUUCGUUUAAGGACAACACUAACCUGUACAUGGUAUUGGAAUUUGUCUCUGGUGGAGAGAUGUUUUCACAUUUAAGAAGGAUAGGACGUUUCAGUGAGCCGCAUUCCCGAUUUUAUGCUGCACAAAUUGUGUUGGUGCUGGAAUACUUGCACCAUUUGGAUAUUAUGUACCGAGAUUUAAAACCUGAGAAUUUACUGGUUGAUUCUUCAGGCUACUUACAGGUAACAGAUUUUGGUUUUGCAAAGCGUGUGAAGGGUAGAACCUGGACCCUUUGUGGUACACCAGAAUACUUGGCUCCAGAAAUCAUCCUCAGCAAGGGUUACAACAAGGCAGUUGACUGGUGGGCCCUUGGUGUCCUCAUAUAUGAGAUGGCUGCAGGAUACCCUCCAUUCUUUGCUGAUCAGCCAAUCCAGAUCUAUGAGAAAAUUGUCUCAGGAAAGGUACGCUUCCCAUCCCACUUCAGUGGAGACUUGAAAGAUUUGCUCCGGAACCUGCUUCAAGUUGACCUUACCAAGCGUUUUGGAAACUUGAAAAAUGGAGUCAAUGAUAUCAAAACUCACAAAUGGUUCAACACAACAGAUUGGAUAGCAGUCUACCAGAAAAAAGUGGAAGCGCCAUUUGUACCUAAACAAAAAGGACCAGGUGACUCUAGCAAUUUUGACGAGUAUGAUGAAGAACCUCUGCGCAUAUCUUCAACUGAGAAGUGUGCUAAGGAGUUUGCAGAUUUCUGAGCCCCCUAAAGUUUCCUGUGCUGAGCACAGAUCAUUUCAUGCAUGGCAUCUUCCCAAACAACAAAUUGAGUGGCAUUUGUCCUCUACUGAUCGUGCAAUAUGUUGUCGGAAAGAAUUGCGCGAGUCUCACACUCCUUGGAACAUUGUAAGGAGACAAAUGUUUGUGAUAGCAGGAAGCAAUCGGUUGUUUGAAUUGGUCAACCGUUCUCUGGUUUUUCUUGAUUGCAUACACGACUUGAUUGCCUGAGCAGGGACUUUUCAAUUCAGGCUUGUUUGUUUGCCUUGUGAGACUAGUCAGAGCUACAUGUUACAACAGUAGUCAAUGGUUUUGCUCAAUUUGAGACCUAAGACUACCUGUGGUUAAUGUGUGUUGCAACAGAGAUCAGACUGACACUCACAACACGGGUGACAAGUCACGACUCAGGCAUGUCUAUUCUUCUUGGAAUCAAAUGCAAUUAACAAGAUAGACAAGUCCUCAAACAUGGCAUUGCUGUGUACAUAAUGCUCUCUCAUAAUCCCUGUUACACAAAUGUAUGUGAAUCAUUUACAGAGAAAGUCAGCACUGCCCAAAGCAUGUCUCCAUUGUCAACUAAUGUUUUGUAACUGUAUGUUUGGGUUUUAAAGCACAGUCAAACCGCUGUGAAAUAUAUUUAUCUAUGUGAUGAUCAAUUUACUUAAGUCAAAACCUCUAGUUAGUUAUUUUGAGUGUCGGCAUCACUGAGAUGCUAAAUAUCCAAGUGUUAUAAGUGCUCUUAUGUUACAAUGUAUGGAAAUGUGUUUCACAGUAUUGUAUAUUGAGUUACUUGUACAGCUUUCCUUAGAAGCAGUCUUCUGGAUUAUGCUUUUGGUUUUGAAUCACUUAAAUUUAAGUCAAAUUGUGUACCUUUGAACAAAAAAUAAUAAUUACUAUUACAGGAUUUAGGUGCUUUGACAAAACAACUAAAUUUCUCAUUUUAUGUUCACCAUGUCGUCUUUACAUCAGUUUCCACAUAUGCACAAAUGUUGUCAUUUUUCUAAACAAGACUAGAGUGGCACCCUGUGUUUCUAACAUGUUGAAAUCUAACAAUGUACAUGUGUGGUGUUCUUUAGAAGAAUGAAUGCUUGUCCAAGCUGCCAAGUUGAAAAGUGUGUAAAUGUGCUGAUCAACGUUCCCCAGGUUUAUGUUUGUGUUUAUAUGUAGUUAACCUCUUGUUCUGUUGUAAUUCAAACACUUGAAUAUGAUGUCAUGUAUCAUUAAGAUCAAUUUUGAACAUUUUGGGAAUGAAUGCUGUGCUUUUUUACUUACUUAUCUAAACAAUAAACUUAAUAUUUAUUCCAGGCCAUGAAUUUUUAGUCACGUUUGGAAGCAGGUUGUUUCAGCUAAUACUUUAUGUGACAUUUCAGGCUGAUUUUGGGGGUUCACUAACCUUUUAUUCAUUUUACUUUCCCUCCAAGAUUGUGUAUUAAUUUGUACAUAGAGUACAUUGAAGCAUUUUUACCCUGUAGAAGAGAAACUAGAAAUCUUUCUAUUGUCCCUUUUGUUAUGUUGUACAGCAUUGAUGUAUAAAACAAAGUUUAUUAGCUUUAAUUAUUAUAUGGCAUAUUUGGAGAUUGUUAACGCUAGAUCUGACAUCAUUAAAGAGAAAAGACCAC